AUGCGAAUACCUCAAUUUCUCCUCUCAGCUUUGACUUUGACUUUGGCUCUCGGCGGCGCGUCAGGAGCAUCGAUAGAUAAACGAGAUGACUUUGAACUUCGUCAGUUAACAGAUGACAACUUCCGAUCAGAGACGGCUCGAGGCGUAUGGCUCGUCGAGCAUUUUUCCCCGAAAUGUUCCCACUGUAGAGCUUUCGCACCGACUUGGACUCAGAUGGCCAAGGACAAACAGCAUCUGGAGAGAUUAUCAGGAUUUCAUAUGGCUCAGGUGAAUUGCUUAGCCCAAGGUGAUCUGUGUAAUGCAAAUGGUAUCAAAUUCUAUCCUCAAUUGAUGCUAUACGUUGAUGGGGAAGCCAAACCGCAUUAUACUGGAGAUAGAUCAUAUGGAGAUUUAGAGAGAUUUAUCAAUGAGAAAGUGGCCGAAUACACUCAGAACCACUCAGUGGCUGGGAAGGAUGAGCAACAAGAUGGUUCGACUGGUGGUAGACCGAAUCCUGAUGGGCAGGUGAUAGAGAUCGACCGGAAGCAGUUCGAAGAGUACAAAGAGCAAGGUCCUGUCAUGGUAGAAUUCUAUGCUCCUUGGUGUGGACACUGUAAAAAGCUCAGACCUACCUACGAAAAACUGGCUGAAGCGAUGAAGGGAAAGCUCAACAUAGUUGCUGUUGAUUGUGAGCAACAUAAAGGCUUUUGCAAAAAUGCUGGAAUACAAGGAUACCCAACCAUUCGAAUGUAUCAUCACGGUACAAGAACAGAUCAUAAUGGAGCUAGAUCUCUGGAUAAACUCAAAGCAUUCGCUGAGAAGGCAGUACAAGUUACGACUUUACAGUCCAUCAAAUUCGAAGAAUUCGAUUCUAUAGUCAAAUCUGAUGAAGCGUUCUUCCUGUAUCUUCAGAAUUAUGAUACAACCGUAGCCGACGUGAAAUCCGUAAAAUCGGCUCUUGAGCCUCUUCUCGGUGCUGUACCAGCUUAUACCUCUUCCGAUCCUCAAUUCUAUCAACAACUGUCAGUAGCCAACCCUCCUCCUACAUCAGUCUUGUUCGCGUUCUCUUCCUACUCCUCGCGUCCGGUCGGAUCAUUAUCCUUCCCAGCAUCGGAAGAUAGCUUGAAACGAUUCAUACAAUUACAUCGAUUCCCUACGCUAGUCGAACUGACAGGUAGCAACUAUAAUGCUAUAAUCAACUCCGAUACUCAUGCUAUGGUGGUUUUAGGAGCUUUGCAUAAAGGAGAUGAAGGUCAGAAAGAGAAAGAGAAAUUGGCAGAAGUGGCUAAAGCUUGGAAAAGAGGUGGUAGACCUUUCUCACAACCUGUUUGGUUCGUUUGGGUAGAUGGUGAGAAGUGGAGUGGUUGGUUGAAACAGCAAUACAGUAUCAAGAAAUCUCAACUGCCAUCUGCUGUUGUCAUCGAUACUCAUCAAAAUGAGUAUUACGAUACCACGAUAGAAGGGACUGAGAUCACCUUUGACGGAGCAAGUAUAUUCUCUGUACUGGAAGGAGUAUACCAGCACUUCCUCCGACCCAAGAGGAUAGAGUCAACCUUUGAAUGGGGAUCAAGAAGUGCUGCUGCGACUUUGAUCAAUUUCGGACAAAUGAGUGUGGAUCAUCCAUUGCUCGCCCUCGUUUUGCUUGUAGGGGCAGUCGGACUGUUUGUCGGCUUGUUGCAGAAAUGCAAUGGCAGGGAUAUGAAGGAUAAUGGCACACCUGUGGGAGGACCCAGGUUGGAUUAA